CAUUAUUCUAUUCAUUCACUCAAAACAUGUCAUGUCAAAAUUAUUUUUGUUUAGUUUGCCGAUCGGGUUUGUGAAAGGAUCUCGUUUAUAUCGUAAAUUUAAAGUAACCGGAGUAUUUAUAUUUAAUAACAAGUGAAAGAUAGUUUCCAUUACUAAACGCUGCUUAAAAUAAAUAUGAGUGAUAUUAAGUUGUUUGGAGGUGUUGAAGGAGGUGCAACACAUUCCAAUCUCAUAAUUUGUGAUGGCACGGGCAAAGUGGUUGGUACGGCAAAAGGACAGGGUACAAACCAUUGGACUCUUGGCAUUGAUGGCUGUGCUGACAGAAUAUUAGAAAUGGUUCGCGAGGCUAAGGAGAACGCUGGCAUACCACAAGACAAACCCUUGGAUUCUUUGGGUUUGACGUUAUCUGGGUGCGAGCAGGAGAGCAGCAACGCCGAGUUGGCAACGUGUGUGAAAAAGAAAAAUGGCAAUUGCGCUCGCGCAAUCUACGUGGCGUCGGAUACGGCAGGAUCUUUAUUUACUGGGGCACCGGGGGGAGGGAUGGUGGUAAUUGCUGCAUACUGGAUAGCCCAUCGUGCAGUAAAAGCUGUAUUCGAUGACAUAGAUGGAUUGAACCCAUCGCCAUAUUCAAUUCACAAUGUCUGGGAAGUGAUCAGAGAGCACUUCAACGCGGACACUAGAGCUGAUCUCCUUCCACAUGCUUAUAAACAUUUUGACAAGCCUCUUUUCGCUGGUGUUACAGUAAAAUUGGCAAAGUUGGCAUAUCAAGGGGAUCAGCUUUCAAGUCAUAUAUUUGCUGAAGCUGGACAAACACUUGCAGCGCACAUAGUUGCUUUAGCGCAGCGUACAACAAUCAACCGACUAAGGGUUGUGUGUGUUGGCUCCGUUUGGAAGAGUUGGGAGAUUUUAAAACCUGGAUUUUUAAAGGAACUUGCGAGGAGACAGCUUACAACAGAACUCGAAUUGGUGCGAUUACGAGUCUCCAGUGCAAUGGGUGCAGCCUGGUUGGCAGCUAAACAUGUAGGCUACGAUUUGCCUCGUGAUGAUUCGGCUUUCUGUUCUGUCUUCUAUACGUAUAAUUCGGAAAAUAUUAAUAGUACAAAUGGUGUGAACGCUGUCAAUGGUAUACUAGGAAACGGUCUUUUAGGUUAUAUUAGUAUAAAAGAGAAAUUAUUUGCUGCCACUGUUGUGAAAAACGAUUUAAAAGGUAGACGAGAAAAAUAUAACUUUAUCGCGGAUGUUGUAGCAGUAUCAGCGCCCUCGGUGGUUUAUAUAGAGAUUAAAGACGGUAGAAGAUUAGACCUGUUCAGCGGUCAUCCUAUUACACUUUCGAAUGGAUCUGGAUUUAUUGUUAAAGAAGAUGGUUUGAUUCUUACAAACGCCCAUGUUGUGGUUAAUAAACCCAACGCUGUUGUCAGUGUUCGGCUAAUGGAUGGAUCUACUCACACAGGUUUUGUUGAGGAUGUAGAUCUUAAGUCAGACUUAGCAACUCUUCGUAUACCAGUUAAAGGAUUGCCAAUUAUGAAGCUGGGCUCCUCCUCUGACAUAAAACCUGGCGAGUGGGUAGUUGCAAUGGGCAGUCCUCUGGCACUGAGCAAUACAGUUACUGCAGGGGUAGUUAGUUCAACACAGAGAGCAAGUGAAGAACUUGGAUUGAGAGGUAAAGACAUGGUAUAUAUACAAACAGAUGCACCUAUUACUUUUGGCAAUAGUGGCGGGCCCCUGGUCAAUUUGGAUGGAGAAGCAAUCGGUAUAAACAGUAUGAAAGUCACAUCAGGGAUAUCAUUUGCUAUACCCAUAGAUUACGUCAAAGAAUUCCUGGAAAAACGAAAAACGAAAUCGCCCCAAGUGUCGAGGCGGUACCUGGGAAUCACUAUGUUGUCUUUGUCACCCAAUAUUCUUAUGGAGCUGCGAAUGAGAAAUCCAGAGAUGCCCAGAGAUAUAGAACAUGGUAUCUUAGUAUGGAAAGUGAUCAUCGGCUCUCCUGCUUAUAAUGGUGGUUUGCAGCCAGGUGAUAUAGUGACCAGUAUUAAUGGGUCUCCGGUUCACAGUGCCACGGAUAUAUACACGUUACUGGAGAAGAGCAGCGGUAGUCUGAAAAUAGACGUUGUUAGAGGGAGAGAGAGGAUCACACUGACUAUAGUACCUGAAUACCAUGGAUAAAUUGGUUUCAAGGAAAGGUUUCUUAAUUUUCAUUUUGAUUAUUCACGAUUAGAAACAGUGAUAGAAUAGGUGCAGUUAUUUUGUGUCGAUGACAUUAAUGGCAACUAAUCAGAGCAGUAUGUCAGCUGAUAUUAUGAUAUUAUAAUAAAAAGGUAGAUCGGAUUUUUUGCGUUCGAAAAUAAGCAUUAUAAAAUUAAGCUUAUUAGCUCACCCGAGAGCAGUCUUGCGAAAACGUUGGCAGUGUUGGCUUGGGGCCGUUUUUAUGAGAUAAUAAUUUAAAAUAUGCUGUUCUCUGUCACACGAAAUUAAGGAAAGUCCCCAAGUGAAUUCAAUGAAUUCAACUAACAGCCGGUUCCUGUAAUUACAUUUUAAAGUUGUGCAUGUCUCAAACCGUACUUAAACGUCUCUUAAACAGGUUUUUGUGUCUGAUUUGAUCAGUUGAUAGCAGUUUGAUAAAACUAGGACUUUUUAUCAUGUAAAACGCAAAGAAAUAAGUAAUUGAGAAUAAUCACUUGAGAUUUUGAACUUUAUUUAAUUAAAAAAUUGGCCGUAAAUUUCACAAUAUUGCAUCAUAAACAUAUCAAGCGAGACAGAUGCGGUGUUACAUAUUUUGUCUUGUUUACCCUCUUGCUAUCUUGCUCACUCAUUUCAACACGGACAAAAUAACUCACAUACGACGUAUGAAGCCGUGGACUC